AUGGCCGCUGCUGCAGUAUACGACCCCACUGUUUACGACUCCCUCCCUUCUCUUGAUGUCGCCUCUGACACCUUUGAGCUUCGCAACCCGCAGAGCAUCAUUGAGCAAGAAAUUGCUCAACUGUUCUUGAAGCACAAUGUCUACAAUGAGCUCGCCAUUUGCCUGCUUCAUCGCCACUUUGACCUUUCCCCUUCUGAGAAGCUAGUCGAGCUGGGCGCCGUCUCUUCCCCGUGGCAGUACGCCCAAUCUGACUCGGACGUGAUCGGGGGCUCUGUUGAGCCCAGAUCUUGGGUUUUUCGUCAGGGCCGCAUGUUUCCUUUCGAAUUUGGUUACAACGAAGGCUUGGCCCCUGUAGUUUAUAAGCCGCUGCCUGAGAAGCCUGCCUUUUACGCGGAAUUGAACGACUUGCUUCUCAAGCAUGGAUUGACCGACCUUCUUGGCCUUACUCUCAACAUUCAGGAUUCCACUACUGAUACAGUAAAAUUUGAGAAAACAUUUGACCGGGCCAACGUUGUUUUUACCAUUCAGCGCGGCGGUCAGGUGGAAGCCAAGGAGUCUGUUCCCGCACAGUGGGCUUAUUCUGGCAUAGGAGACUUCAGCGUGCCUGUCAAAAAGUAA